GGCAAGGUUUGUGGUGUUUGUUUCUGAAUUGUUUAAAUCAGUGCAAACCGCUCUUUAUAGUUUUUGGAGUAUAUGCUUUAAUAUUGUUGAAUUUAACAUUGUAAUGCUCUAUCUAACAUGAAUGAAAGUUAUUCUGUGUAAGUAAAGCGCAUUCACGCGAGUAACAGAAAAGGUGCGUCUCAUUUUGCUUCAUUUAUCGUGAGUAAGUUUAUAGUAAAAGUCAGUGUUAAGUAACUGUUAGUUAUGAGAGAAACGGACAGAUUUAUUUGCUAUUUAAUUUCCUUUCUGAUAAUAAUUCUUAUUAUAGUAAUGACAGCGUUAUGUGCGAACGAGACACUGUUAUAAAGAUGGAGUUUAUUAAAGAGGAGAGAGAAGACGUGAAAAUUGAAGACACUUUCAGAGUCAAACAAGAAGAUACUGAGGAACAAACAGACCUCAUGCUGCUGAAAGAGGAGCGCAUAGUACCGAAUGAAAUGGAAGAGAAAGAACAAUAUGAGACUCAUGAUUUUAAAACCGGAGAAGAAUCUUUCAGUUGGCCACAGAUUAAAGAGACUUUCUCACAAAAAACAGCUCAUAGAACAGGAACUACAAGUUGUUUCACCCCUUUUCACUCUGAAAAGAGUUUCAAUGAACAUGGAAACCUUAAAGUCCACAUGGGAAUUCAAACUGGAAAGAAGCCUUUCACCUGCCAACUGUGUGGAAAAAGUUUUACUCAAAAAGUAAACCUUAACAGGCACAUGACAAUACACACUGGAAACAAGCCUCACAUCUGCCCUGAGUGUGGAAAGGGUUUUUAUCAACAUGGAUACCUUAAAGUGCACAUGAGAGUUCACACUGGAGAGAAACCUUACUCCUGCAAACAGUGUGGAGUCAGUUUCACUCAUGAAGGAAACCUUUACAGGCACAUGAGCAUUCACACUGGAGAGAAGUCUUUCACCUGCCAACAGUGUGGAAAAAUAUUCAAUAGAAAAGGAAACCUUAAUGACCACAUGAGAGUUCACACUGGAGAGAGCCCUUUCACCUGUCAACAGUGUGGAAAGAGUUUUACUCAAAAAGUAAACCUUAACAGGCACAUGAGAGUUCACACUGGAGACAAGCCUUACACUUGCCCUGAGUGUGGAAAGAGUUUUUAUCAACAUGGAUACCUUAAAAUGCACAUGAGAAUUCACACUGGAGAGAGUCGUUUUAUCUGCCAACUGUGUGGAAUAAGGUUCAUUAAAAAAGGAUUCCUUAGCAGGCACAUGACAAUUCACACUCGAGAAAUACCUUAUACGUGUCCUCAGUGUGGAGAGAGUUUCGAACUACAUGGAAGCCUUAAAGCCCACAUUAGCGUUCACACUGGAGAGAGUCCCUUCACCUGCCAACAGUGUGGAAAAAAUUUUACUCAAAAAGGAAACCUUAGCAGGCACAUGAGAAAAUUUCACUGUGUUUAUUAAACACAAACUUGAUCAACACAUGAGAAUUCAUUUGAGAGAACUGUUUUAUGUCAUCAGUGUGGAAGGAGUUUUCUCAGACCAGAAUCAUGUAAUAAUGUUAUGAUGUGUAGGAAGCUCAGAAGUGAAGACCAGGAGACUCUGGUUUAUAUUCAGUAGGAUUCUAAAUUGAGAAGGUUGUGUACUCGAUCUUGGACUUGGACUUAAGUCUGAGGUUCAGUCCAAUUAUUAACAAUGGAUAAAACAUGGAAGACUCAGGAAUUUUACAGAGUAUGGUCGAGUUCACAUCAUGUGUAACAUUAAAGGGAUAGUUGACCCAAAAAUGAAAAUUCUGUCAUAAAUUACUCACCCUCAUGUUGUUAUAAACCCUUAAGACCUUUGGUCAUCUUCAGAACACACAUUAAGAUAUUUUUGAUGAAAUCCAAGAGCUUUCUGAUCCUCCAUAGACAGCAAAGCAACUGAAAUCUUCCCGGGCCCAGAAACGAAGAAAGGACAUCGGUAAAACAGUCCAUGUGACAAUUUUACAAAGCUAUGCGAUUACUUUUAGUGUACCAAGAAAACAAAAAUAAUGACUUUAUUCAACAAUUCUUCUCCAGUUCACAUCAUCCGCCAUUAUGGAGAGUACCAUUACGUAGUCUCGCAUAGCCAGACCUUCAUGUCAGACAACCAGUCAUGUUUGUUUCGUUACGCGUCACGUUUCGGGGUGUGGAAAUGUCGCCACAAUAACAGACCGGUGUGUAAAACUCUCGGACAUAUUUUAAAGAUUCUAUGCCACAGACUUUUAAUAUUUCAUAUACUUUUGAAAAUCCAGCGUUUUAGUUGAUCCUGAUAAGCGCUCAUCAUCACAGUUGUAAACACUGCUGCUUUCUUCUUUUGUGAGGGGGUUUGGCGCCACCGUAUCUUUGUUUCCAGGUGGAACAUUAAAGAACGUGACACACACGUCUACUGGAAAUCCUGCAUAAUUCAACCAAUCCGAUGAUGACUUCGAAACUCCUGAAGUGUUUCCACUUUUGUGUGGCAUAUGCAGCAGAUGUUUAGCCAGCGGUCUGUGGGCGUGACGUCUGAGGCUGAGACUACCUAAGAUGCAUGCAUGUGCUUUCCUCUGAACCGGAUGUCAUUACUUCGUUUCUGGGCCUGGGACCAUUGAUGUCUAUGGAGGGUCAGAAAGCUCUGAACAACACACCUCAGUACUGCACAUCUGUAAAUAGCGCACAUGCACAUUCACAGUUCUUUCUAUGGGCAUUUUCCUUUUUAUAUACGUUUUCAUUACUGUUAUUAUUUAUAAUUCUGUUCUCUCUAAUAUUAGUGUUGUAUUACCUUAAUUUUAUGUAUGUCUGGAUUUGUACUUUCAGUACUGGAAGCUCCUAACACCAAGACAAAUACCUUGGGUGUGUAAACACAUUUGGCAAAAAUGUUCUUUCUCAUUCUGAAAUUAUAUCCCAAUUAUAUUUUUCAAAGAAAGCAGUUUAUUCCCUUUAUUAUGUCUCAACACCAGCAUAUUUAAAGAAUACAUUAUUAAAAAUGAUCACUGUUUUCUGUAGUAAUGGCACCAAAUUACUGAAUGUAAUAUCAGACUAACUGAAACAAUUUUGAAGACAUAAAUUGUGUUUUUGUGAAGAAUCAUCUGACUGGUGUACAUCACAUGAAUGAAAACUGUACUGUGUAUAGUCUUCUAAAGAAAGUGUUUUAAAUAUACAUUAUAAAUGGGGUACAAUGAGUUACACAGAAACUAACUGUAUUCUGCCUUACUGUAUUCUAAUUACUUUUCCUGGUUACGCAGUUAAGUAAUGUGCUACAUUUUAAAUUUCUGUAAUUUUAUUACAGUUACUUAUGUUAAUAAAGUUGUUACUUAAGUUAUAAAUGCAGUGUUAAAAAUAUGAAGUAAAAAUUGUUUUGUGCAUCAGUAUGCCCUUUAAUAAAUCUA